UAAAAUUACUACUACCAAACACUGAAUUCCCUCUUCUACAAAUUUCAUUCACAUUCAUACGCUACCUUAUUCUCCCCCAAUUCCAUUCAGGUUCAUUCUCAAUUCUCUUCUUUUUCUCUUCAUCUUUUCUUCACAUUCCUCAUUUUCGUUCUUUCAUGCAUUCCUUUCCCAUGAAACCAUCUUCAUCGUUUUCUCCUUAUUCUUCCCAAUCCAACCACUGUUCUUGUCGUUGUUGUUGUUGUUACUGUUUUUGUUACUGUUGUUGUUGCUGAAACUAUUCAUAUCCAAAACCCUAAUUUCUGUUAAUUGGGUAUUAUUAUCUCUUUCGGUUGAUUCAUGGAUGCUAGUGCGGGUUUAUCUCUCGGGUUGAAUGCGAUUGCGAAUGGGAAUGCGAAUGCUUCCUCGCCAUCGCCAUCGCCAUCUCAUACUGGUUCGUCAACUGCUUCACUCAGUGAUAGUUCUUUUUCGUUGCAUUUGAAUUCCAAAUCGAACUCUUCUCUGUCAUGGCGUUUACUUCAUGACAAACAGAACAAUGUUGUUGUGAAAAAACAAGAAUUAGAAGAGGAGGAGGAUGAAGGUGAAAAAAGUGAAACUAUUGACUUUAUGGGUAGACCUGUGUGUUUGAAGAGGAAAAUUGAGGGGUAUCAUCAACAAGAGGAACAGAGUUUUUCUUUGAAGCGUGUCGCAGUGGAUUCUAAGGCUUCGGUGACUUGGGGGAAUCAGCCACUCAGUGUUGCUGAUCCUGAGAUAUUCAUGAUUAUGGAGAAGGAGAAGUUGAGACAGUUUAAAGGAAUUGAAUUGAUUGCUUCUGAGAAUUUUGUGUGCAGGGCGGUGAUGGAAGCGCUUGGUAGUCAUUUGACUAAUAAAUACUCUGAGGGGAUGCCGGGUGCGAAAUACUAUACUGGUAAUCAGUACAUUGAUCAGCUUGAGUUUCUGUGUUGUGAGCGUGCAUUGAAUGCUUUUGAUCUUGAUUCGAAUAAAUGGGGUGUUAAUGUUCAGCCUUAUUCAUGUACUUCUGCGAAUUUUGCUGUUUAUACUGGUCUUUUAAAUCCGGGUGAUAGGAUUAUGGGUUUGGAUUCACCUUCUGGUGGACAUUUGAGUCAUGGUUUUUAUACUCAUGGUGGGAAGAAGGUUUCUGCAGCUUCUAUAUUUUUUGAGACUUUGUCUUAUAAGGUUAAUCCUAUGACUGGUUACAUUGAUUAUGAUAAGCUUGAGGAGAAAGCCGCGGAUUAUAGACCUAAAAUUCUUAUUUGUGGGGGUAGUUCUUAUCCUAGAGAAUGGGAUUAUGGAAGGUUUAGGAGGAUUGCUGAUAAAUGUGGAGCUGUUCUGAUGUGUGACAUGGCUCAUAUUAGUGGCCUUGUUGCUGCUAAGGAAGUUGCUUGUCCAUUUGAUUACUGUGAUAUUGUUACCUCAACAACGCACAAAAGUCUUCGAGGUCCAAGAGGAGGCAUUGUCUUUUACAGAAGAGGAACAAAACCAUUGAAGAAAUGUUUUGUUCUUAAUCACGGGGAUGAUAAUAGUACCUAUGACUUUGAGGAGAAGAUAAACUUUGCUUUAUAUCCAUCGUUACAAGGAGGUCCCCACAAUAAUCACAUUGCUGCUCUUGCCAUAGCUUUGAAACAAGUUGCAACCCCAGAGUAUAAAGCAUACAUGCAGCAGGUUAAAAGAAAUGCACAGGCAUUAGCAACUGCAUUGUUGAAAAGAAAAUGCAGAUUGGUAACGGAUGGGACUGACAAUCAUCUUUUGCUCUGGGAUAUAACUGCACUCGGCUUAAUUGACAGAAACUAUGAGAAAGUCUGCGAGGCGUGUCACAUCACUCUCAAUAAGUGUGCUAUUUAUGGUUCUAUUUCUUCUGGAGGAGUGAGAAUUGGCACUCCUGCAAUGACAUCACGAGGCUGUUUAGAGGAAGAUUUUGAUGCCAUAGCCGAUUUUCUUCUGAGGGCAGCUCAGAUUACCAGCAUUAUACAGAGGGAACAUGGUAAAUCAUGCAAGGAUUUUCUCAAGGGUCUUCAGAAUAAUAAAGAUAUUUUUGACCUCAGAAAUCGGGUUGAAACAUUUGGUUCCCAGUUUGAAAUGCCAGGAUUCAAUAUUUGAUUUCAAUAUUAUAAAGCAGGCACCAUCCAUUCAUGCGUCCCUGAUAUUAUUAGUUUAUUACUAUGAUAUACUUCUUUUUGCCUACCAUGUUUUGAAUUACUUUUCCAUGGUAGCUCAUUAGAUUUGGUUCUUACUCUUAUAUUUAUCAAGUUAGCUUCUGUAAACUAAAUAUGCAGACCAUACACCAAACUCUGCAAUUUUCCGGUUAUUAUUUAGCGACAGUACAGAUUAUUCAAAUUCUAUGCAGUUCUCAUCAGUCACAACUUUUGUGGCUACCCUUUUGUUUAUGAAGAAACAUCAACAAAAUUAAAUAAGUGUUACUAUUGAGUGGUCA